AUGCCUAGCAUCUUCAGGGCAUUCGCCUUGGGCGCGUCUUUGCAGCUCAGCCAACUGGCUGCGGCGCAGAUGACUUUCGAUAGCAGCGCAACCAUAUCCGCGGACCAGGCUCAUGCCACCAUCGUGCCGGCAGGGGAGGUAGUUGCCGGAGAAUUUGUGCUCACAGACACCGUCCUGGCCAAUCUUACGGCAGAGGGCAUCUCAACAAUCUCGCUGUUCGCAUUUGCCAACGACAGCCCAUCACAGAAGCGUGCCGCACUGGCCCGGUGCAAGGCAGCUCCGGGCGAUUCCCUGUGGCCGGGCAGGACGAUCUGGGGACUUUUCAAUGUCCUGACUGGGGGCGCAAUCACACAAAAUGUGCCCCUUGCGUCUGUGUGCUACGACUCAUGGGGGAACUACGACGCCAACGAGUGCGCCCGAGUGACAGAGCAAUGGGCUAACGUCGACCUGCACAUCGAGAGUCCGUCAGACGUUAUGUUCCCGAUGUGGGAGGGCUCGACCUGCAUCCCGCCCGAGAUCGAGGCCAACGAGCCGACUGGAAAUUGCACCCUGGGAGGAUAUCCAUCCUAUGUCGUCAACGCCACCAACGUCGCCCAGAUCCAGCUCGCAGUCAAUCUCGCCCGGAACCUGAACCUCCGCCUGGUCGUCAAGAACACCGGUCACGACUUCAACGGCCGCUCUGCUGGAGCUGGGGCCCUCUCUAUCUGGAUGAGCUCUUGGAAGGACGUCCAGUUCUACGAGAACUACAGGACCUCGACUUAUUCUGGGCCAGCCCUGAAGAUCGGCUCUGGGCUCGAAAACAAGGAGUUGUUCGCAGCUGCAGACGAAUACGGAGUGACAGGCGUCGGCGGCUUGUGUACUACUGUUGCUGCUGGAGGUGGCUACAUGGCUGGCGGAGGGCAUGGGCCGAUGUCUUCCAGUCUUGGGCUGGGUGCUGAUCAGGCUCUGAGCGUCGACGUCGUGACACCAGACGGGCGCUUCGUCACUGCCAAUGAGACGCAGAAUACCGAGCUUUUCUGGGCUCUCCGGGGCGGAGGUGCCAGCACCUUCGGCAUCACCACCUCCUGGACCAUCAAGGUCGCCCCAAAACUAUCCUCAGCCUCCGUCGUGAGCUUCGUCCUCGCCCCCGCCGGCAACGUCACCAGUGCCACAAUCUGGGAGGCAAUCAAGAUCUACCUGGGCAACAUCCACAUACAACGCCGCCGGACACUACGACACCGGGAACAGCUCGCGCCGCUGUUCCAGGCGUGGUCCGAGCUCGGGAUCCAGGUGAACGCGACGUGGAGGGAGUUCGACCGCUACCUGCCGGCGUGGCAGGCCCUGACGGACGCCGAGGCGGUGGGCUGGACGACGUCGCGCAGCGGCAGCCGCCUCGUGCCCGCGGCCAACCUGCUGGACGCGGCCAAGCUGGACGAGACGCACGGCGCCAUCAGGGACCUGUUCGACCGCGGCGGGGUCAGCUUCGUCGGCUACGGCAUCGGUGCGAGCCCGGCCGGGUGCCCGCAGGAUAACGCCGUGAACCCGGCGUGGCGCACCGCGGGGCUACACCUCAUCUCGGCGCUCUCCUGGGGCAGUGGCCUGUCGCUGGCCGCCGUCUCAGACCUGAGCCUUAGCUUCACCAACAAGUGGCUCAGGCCGCUGCGGGGAAUUACCGAGGGGGCUUACGCCAGCGAGGCUGAUAUCCUGGAACCUGAGUGGCAGCAUUCAUUCUUUGGAAGCACAUAUGAUCGUCUGUAUAGGUUCAAGCAGAGGAUCGACCCCACCGGGCUCUUCUAUGCCCACCAUACUGUUGGGAGUGAGAACUGGCGUGUGAUUAAUCAGCUGGAGGGGCUGCCAACCCAAAAUGGACGCCUUUGCCGGGCAUAG